AUGGCGAAGGGUGCCAAACUUAAAGAGCUUUUAGCUCAUCAAAAAGAGAAUGAGAAGCAAAUUCAAAAAGAACAGCUCAAGAAGGUCAAGGCAACUGGUCAGGAGCCUAAAAGUGCAGCAUCCGAGGAUAUGCAAAAGGCAAAGAAGCCUGCAGAUGAGUCCGUGAAGAUAGCUUCAAAUGAAAAGAGUGAUGAAGAGUAUCAUAGCCAAGCCUUAUCUAAGAAAGAAAGGAGGAAGUUGAAAAAGCUACAGAAGAAACAACAAAAGGAUGAACCUGAAGAACAAGCUGAAAACUCACAAGACGAGGCCGAGGAACAAGAUGACUUGGAUCCUAAGAAGCUAAAUUUGGAGGCUCUUGAGGAGAGUGAAUCUGAGGGUAGUGAAGAAGACGAGGAUGAAAUUGAAGCAGAAGCAGAAGUGGACCAAAAUGAAGAUGAUGAAGAUCAGGAUGUUCCUCUAUCAGAUGUCGAAUUUGAUUCCGACGCUGACGUGGUGCCAUAUCAAAAAUUGACGAUCAACAACACUAAUGCCUUGAAGCAUGCACUUGAGCGUAUUCAGCUUCCUUGGAGCAAGCACUCCUUCCAAGAACACCAGUCUAUUACAUCCUCCAGUAACACUGACGAAGGUAUCAAGGAUAUCUACGAUGAUACAGAGAGAGAACUGUCAUUUUACAAACAAUCACUGAACGCUGUGGUUGAGGCCAAGGAAAGGUUGAAAAAACUUAAGGUCCCCUUCAAUAGGCCGCUUGAUUAUUUUGCUGAAAUGGUCAAGAGUGAUGAACACAUGGACAAGCUGAAGGCAAAACUAGUCGAGGAAGCUAGUGAGAAGAAAGCUCGUGAAGAUGCUAGAAAACAAAGGCAAUUGAAGAAAUUCGGUAAGCAAGUUCAAGUUGCUACUUUGCAACAACGUCAAAAAGAUAAGAGAGAAACAUUAGAUAAGAUCAAGUCUCUCAAGAAAAAGAGAAAGCACAAUGAAAUUCAAGGUGAAGAUUUCGAUGUAGGCAUUGAAGAGGCUACGGAAGAAAAGAAAUUUAAGCCCAACGCUAAGAGACAAGCCAAGAACAGUAAAUAUGGUCAAGGUGGUAUGAAACGUUUCAAGAGAAAAAAUGACGCUGAAUCCUCUGCUGAUAUUCCUGAAUUUUCGCAUCGCAAGAUGAAGGGCAAAGCACCACGCCCUGGAAAGAACAGACGCCAACGCAGAUAUUAA